UAUAAGGUAGCGCCGAACGGACCAGCCACGUCAGUGAUCGGCUCUCGCUCCGCUCCGCCGCCCGCCAGCUCCGCAGACACAGACAUGCUUCGCUCCGGUAUGCUGACGCUGGCCUGUCUGGCCGUGGCGCACGCGCUACCCUUCGACCCGUUCUCCUUCUUCCCGCCCAGCACCGCGACCGGCACGUCUUCGGGCACCAUCACCUCGGGCGAGACGGUAGGGCAAUCCGGUGCGUCCAGAGUCGAGCAACUGCAGGCUGGGACCGGAGGUCGCACGGAGGGCGGCGGCUUCAACUUCGGCAACGCCUUCGCUACUCAGCAGCGCGAGGCGGGGCUCCUCGGGAAUGCGAACGCUGCUGAUACGGGCGCCACGUCGGUGCAGGAAACCUCCCCAAUUGGCGGCGGCUUCCCCGUUGGCUUCCCCGGCGGCUUCCCCGACGGCUUCCCCGCUUUCAAAAAUCCGUUCGGCACGGCUGAAGGCAAGGCGAACGCCGCUCUCACCACGGGCGAGACCGUCAACAUCGACGGCUCCCGGAGCAAGAUCACCAGUCUGGGCUCCAGCGCCGGCGGCAGUGCUGAGAAUGGCGGCAUAUCCAUUAGCGGAGCCUCUGGCAAGACGUCCAGCACCGAUGGCAUCUUCGGCAGCACCGAUAGUUCGGAGGUCAAAGCUGAAUCGGUGCAGGCAGGCGGGAGGUAGGCCCCCUCCCCUCCCCCCGAUGUGAUAUGCCUGGCGCCGCCUCUGCACGGCCGCCGCGCACCGCUGGCGGCGCUCGUCAGCCGCAGACAGUCGUGCGCAGGCGCGUCAGAGCUUUUGUUUCGGCGGACCGGAACAACGACACUGUCGGAACGCCUCGGACCGGCUGUCCUUGAGGAGGUCACGACCGGGUCCACGACAGAAACCGUGUCACGCCGUCGCUUGCACGAGCUCUGCGUUUGAGGCGUCAUGUAAAAUUGUACGACACAGCAGGGUGUAGCGAAAUAUAAGAGGAAUAGUA